AUGUUGAAGUGGACCGUUAAAAAACGUUUUGCUGGUGAACAGCAACUCGAUGAUGAUUACGAAAGUGUUAAUGGAGUUAAGAAGACAAGAACGUCACUUGGGAAUGUUUUAGGAGAUAAUCAAAGCAAGAAUGUUUCAAAAUAUCAUAGAAGAAGAUCACUUGGAAGUCAGUUAUGUAAUGAAAGAGUUAAAGUUGACAAGGAGAAUCACCUCGUGACUCCAGUUCGAAGGAAAUCCAACAGACAAACUCCGCUUGGUGACAGCAGCAAUAAACGACGAGAAAACUGCAAUAAACGAAAACAUCAUUUGAUAUCAUCAACAGCUUUGACAUCGCCAACAAUCUCACCAAUUUCAUUCAACUUCAAAGAAGUUUUUGUGGAGCCAUCGGCAAUCAUUUUUCCAUCAAGUUAUGCGCCAACCUUACCAACAUUUGAUGUUGAGUACUCGCCGGUUAUGAAAAGUUCUCAAAAUUUAGUGAAAAGUUCGAUACGAGUGAAUGAUGAAGUUCCAAUUAAGCGAAUGAAAAUGGACUUGAUGGAUCUUUCGUACGAAUUUCAUCCUGAAUCGGCAUCGACGUCGUCACCACUUUCCACUCCAUUAGUUAGCAGAAAAGUUAUCAAUGAAAAGAAAGUUCCACUGAACUUAUCAAAUGAUUCAGAAUCAUCGUUGAACUCAUCAGAAGUUGGUGACACGACGUUGCAAAAGAUGAUCGAUGACAUCUUAGCAAGUGCAAGAAAUGGAAAGAAGUUCAAAAGUGGUUUAGCAGAAUCAAAGAAGACAGGGCGUGAUACAAAUGCUAACUUUAUGAAGAAUUUGAGUGAGAUUUGUGAGAACAUGGAAGAAAAAAGCAUCGUGAAACUUUUGUCGCCAGAAAAGAUCACUGAAGCUGCAGACAAGACAAUCAUCAUUGCAAAUACUGAAAUACAAAACGAACGAGAAGUGAAGUCACCGAUGGUUAAAAAAGAUGUAGAAAUUGUUGACUUUAGAGCUGAUGAAACUUGUCAAUUGAAGAGACAAAAUGCAGUUCGGAGAAAGAACACAAGCAAUGAAAAUAAAAAUAAGAAAAAAUGUGAAGAAAGUCAAGGAAAAUCCCAAAAGGAAUUUCAAGACUCGUCAAUUCAAAAAUGUUUGAGUUUCUCGUCAGCCAAUUUCGACGACGUCAGUGAUAAGUUCAAACGAUCUUCAGUUGCAUCAUACUCAUCAGGAUCUUCAAAUUCCUACGUAUCACAGUCAAAAUAUACGAAGAACCUUUUAAUGAAAGGCCCAAAAGUUAAGUUAAGAAAUUUCUACAAAAGAUUUUUUAUGUUCAUGGAUAACAAAAACCGCAAGAAGCACAACGAAUCAAUUUACAAGAAUUUUGAUAUGGUUGAUAAGUAA